AUGGAGCACCCCCGGGACGAAGCAACAGAAGCGGUGUUGGGGGAAAUAAUCGCAGCCGGAAAAGGACACCGUGAUGACGGUUCCGGUGACCGAACGGAGUCCGGCCAGCCCUCUGGAUCGAGCAAAACUUCGGUAACGAGACGAGGCCCGAAGAGAAAGUUGCGCUCGGAUGAAAGGUACACGAUCACCGAAAUCGAUCGCGAUGGCCAACCGAUUGAACCCCUCCAGACCAAGCAAGCAUUUUAUGCUCAGUGCGGGGUUCUUGUUAGGGACAUGAUCCCGAUCAGCAUCGAGCAAUGGUUUAAGCCUAAGGACGAAGACUCUGGGGUGUCUUAUGUCGAUGAUAGGCAGAAAGCUGAUCUUUGGACCGCGCUGAAGGCAAAUUUCACCCUACCGCCAGAGGAGGAUCCGGAGAAGCCAGUUAAAGAGCCAUUGAUCAAGGCUCAUGCUCUUAAGAAGAUGGCUGAGCUAUUCAGGAGGUGGAAUAAUCAGCUGAAAUCAACGUUUGUCGACCAUGACGAGACUCUAGAAUUCAUCGGCCGAUUUGAGAAGAUCAAAGAUCACUGGGACGCAUUUGUCGCCCAAAAAUAUUCUGAGAUGGCCAAGAAGAUGUCAGCGACAAACAAGAAAUAUGCUGCAAAGAAGAAGCAUCACCAUCGCACGGGGUCAGGUGGCUACCUGAAAGCCCGACCGUUGUGGGACAAGGCUGAGAAUGACCUGAUUGAUAAAGGGAUUGAACCAGAGACAUUGCGCUGGCCAGACCGUUCAAGGACUUGGUUCUUCGGGGUUGGGGGAACAUUGGACCCUGAAACAGGGAAGUGCGUUUGGACGGACGAGCAGCUGAAGACACCCAUCACGAGGCUUCAUGAGUUUAUCGAAAAAGCGCAGGAAGGGACGUUCGUUCCGGACAGAGAGAACGACGAGCUCACACAGGCCCUCGGGAAUCCUGAGCACCCCAGACGGACACGAGGCACGCCACCAGGCUCCGUUUCGUGGAAGGCUGGGUUUCCCGAGGCAGGCGGUUACAAAGGCCGGGGGAGGAAGAGGAAAGUGGAGUUGACCAAAAUACAGGCGCUGCACGCAAGGGUACAAGCGCUAGAGGAACGAGAGGCAGUUUGCAGCAAGCUACCUGCCAAAGCUACCCCCGAAGCUACCCCGCCAUCUCAGCGGAGAAGUAGCGUGGCUUCCACCGAGCUGCUUCAGGAGCCUGUCUUCACGGCUCCUGCUAGCUAUCCCGUGGAUGCUAUCACGGAGUCUCAACAUUGCUACCUUAUGACGCAAUGGCUGAAAUUGAAAGUCAAGGCGGCUGUUGGCUUUGUUGCACCUUCUGAACCUGGCGCAACUUUUCACUGCCGGCCGAUUCCAGAAGGAUAUGCUAGGCUGAUGGUGGAUGAAAUAACGGACGGAUUUGAGGACCUCAAGCUUGACCAUCCUACGGAGAAGUUACCAUAUGAGAGGACCGUGGAGCGAAGAUCAUAAGUGAGGGACUUCUUUCAAGCGGUGAAAGCAAAGAAACAUCCACCUCCGGAGGAGAAGAUAGAUCCAGUGAAAGCAAAGCGCACUAUCGAUGCCCUGAAGAAACCACCACCGUCUCCUCCGAAAAACAACUAUGAGCGCAUUAUUGAAAGGUCAUAUAUCGAAGCGGAGCGGUCGGGAAGUACUAUCAGUGAUCGAAGCGGUAUCGUCGCUAAUCAUCCGGAUAUUUUUCCCAAUACCAAUCUUGGAGAUUACCUGCCCAACUCUGUACAUUAUGAUUUCUUGGAGGUGGAGGAACACAAAUACCAUUACGGGAAGCCUCUCGUCAAAGAUGAAAGAUCUCUAACAACGAUGAUGCGAAGAUUCCAUGAUUGGUACAUGAAAACCUGCAGAGAGUCUGGGGGGAGGAAUACUUUGACGCUGAGAGUUAGAGAGGAGCAUGACCUCGUUGGAAUUGAACUGUUGAAUGUUCCAUUUGAGCAGUUCUUCCAGUUUUUCAAUCAAAAGGCCCUCGAUAAAUUAACGGUCACUUGCUACUGUCUAUUGAAGAUCGCCGAAUUGAAGAAAAGACAAAUCGGUGAUAUUGGAUUCAUUAACACAAAU